UUUCAGUCGAGAUAAAUUAUCAUGACUCAGACUAGUCUCAGACUCAGUGACUGAGUGACCGUCUUUACUCUUUUUAUCAGGUCACAGUGAGUGGAUUCGUGAUCACCAUUCUUUUCAUUGACAUUGAUGAUUGAGUGGAAGAUUCUGGCUUUUUCAGUAUGCAGUCUGAAGUCAAAAACAUUAUACAAUGCAGUAAUUUCACUACAUUUUCAUUUUAAUGGACUGAAAAAAUUUAAACUUAUUAGCACAGUGAGACUAUCACUAGCAUCCAGUUGGAUUAUAUUACACUGAGUGUAGUGUUUAAGUGCAAUUCGAUUCAUGCUCAAAGAGGCAAAAUGGAUCAAGAUCAUUUAAUUGAACGUAAAGUCAGUGAGCUGAUAGCAAACAACUCUGAUUCACAACUCAAGUGCCUUUUGGUGGAAAAUGGAUUGGCAAAUGUUCCGCUUACAGCUCACACUAAAAGCUCCCUUCUUAAGCAACUUGCCAGAAAACUUUUAAAUUUAACUUCUAGUCCAGAGGCAGAGGCUGCAGUAACUGUUGCAGAACCACAAACAAAUAUCUCUUUAGAUGCCAGUAGUGCGAUGACUGCUACAGAGCAACAUAAAAAUACUCCUCCCGAAACGCUUGACUCAUUGGCUGUUGGUGCAGCGGCUGUUGCAGAGCAACAUAAGCAGAUUUCUUCGGAAGAGGCAAAAGUCGAGAGCAAUAACAACACUGACUCUAUUAGAAAAACUCUAGAGGAGGCUAAGGAGUCCUUAUCUUUUUGUCUCAAUGAAGACAAUAAAACACACUAUGCAGUUUGCAUACCUGGUCAAGACGACAGUAUCACUGUUCACACAGACUUCCGUGAGGUGCUGAAACUGAUGAAGGAAAAUAAAGCACAGAAUCCCAGGAUGCUCUCUUUUCGAAACAAAGCAGAGGCUGAAGCCUUUGCUGAGCAGCACACAGCUAAUGAAGUGUGUGAAGGGUCAACCAUCAAAUCUAGCUACCCGGAGGAGAGAGCUGAGGUUGAACAAGGGGAGGUAAAACUGUUCCCUUCAUUAACAACUCCACAACUGAGCGAGUUUAGAAUCCAGUUAGAAAAAGGCAAUGUCAGCUUUUGUCGAGAGCGCAUCUUGUCUAACCCUAGAUUCUUAAUUGGCAAUGGAGAUAUGCCUACCAUCUUAAAGGAAGGCCCACGUUAUAAUGCAAUGCAUGCAAGUGUUAUUGCUGGUCAGCUAGAGUCAUGUCGACUCAUCAUGGAGAUGGUCAGUGAUGUUGAGUUCUUGAAGCGCAUGUACGUCACCCAAGCUCGGGCGGAGGAAAACUCUCAAAGGUUGACAGAUUUAUACCUCAAUACCCCAGACAAAAUUGCUAACAAAACUCCAUUACAUUUUGCCAGUGAGAAAGGAAUGGUGGAUAUUGUUGCAUUCCUGGUCACUUUUCAAGCAUGUAUCAGAAACUUCAAUCGACACAUGCUUGUCAGUAUGAAAAAGGGUGACAAGCAAUUUGAAUCAAGAGUCUGUACUGGGAAAACACCUGAGGAGGUGGCAUGUUCCAGAUACAAUGGCCCAAAUCCUGCAACUGUCAAAGCCAAGAUUAUAAAUCUCAUACAAGAGGGUGUGUGCUAUGUACCACUAAUUAAGAGUGACACAAUCGGCCCCUGUGUUAAAGUGGGGGACCCCUACUCACCGACCUCACCCUACAAAUUGGUGUCAGAGAUUGAAGAUGUCUUCCGACCAGCCACCGAUGCUGAGGCUAGCUUAAAAGACAUUCGGAACAUGAAAGUCUGGGCCUUUGCUGGUCCAAUGUCCCCUCAUGAGGGCAGGGAGUUUAAACGUGCCUGGAAGUCUCCGAGGACGAAGCGAGCUAACCUGAAAGAAAGUUUGAAAGUCACUGAUGGAGACAGAGGCUUUGAACAUUUUGGGAGGGAAUUAGCAGAUAACCAUGCAACUUCCUGGCAGGAGUUCUGGCCCUUUCUCAAUGAGUUUGCUGAUCUGAGAUCUGAAGCAGGUCUGGACAAAUUGGAGACCUUUUUCCAGAAGCACAGUGUCAUCGUUAACAUGCAAACCUUCCUCAGGCCUCUGGCACAGUUUGUUGAUGCUGAGCCCUACAGGGUUGGUGUAGAGUACAUUCUAAAGCCCGUACCAGAGUCCAGUGUCUCUCUGGAGAGUGAAAAUUUUGUCUCUGUUGACAGCAAUGUAGCUGAAUCAGUCAGUGAGCAGAGCCAGCAAACUGAAGAGGGAUCUCAGGUCCCCCAAGUUCCCUCAGUGAAGGAUGUUGUUGAAUCUGAGAACAAAUCUUCACCAGGCUUCCUCUCCUCUCUCUGGGGAGGUUUAGCCAAAAUUAAAGUUUAUCUGUCUCAAAGUGCCAGCAAAGGCAGCAGCCUAUGUUCGGAAGUCUCCCAACCUAAGCUUCUUGAGUCGGACAUUGUUCAGCCUUUACAUGACACUGGUUCCUAUCCAUUAGUCAGUGCCGAGCAAGGGGACACUAAUGAUGACAAAGUUAAAGAGGAUCAUGACCUGAGUCAGGAGACUCCAUCUUCCGUACUUGAGAAAGAAUCAAAAAUUUCGUUAUGUGAAACUAAUAUCUCUGUCAAACAAAGCCUGGAAGAGCACGUAGCUCAAGAAGAAUCAGCUGAUGAUACGCCGGUUCGCUCGCCUUACUCAGUUGAGAAUGACAGUGGCAUUCCAGAAGUGUUUACCGUCAGGUCACACAUGGACAAUUCUCUAACACCCAGACACUGGAAGUACAGAUCUUCCAGAUACAGUUUAGACAGUCCAGAAAAAGAAAGGGACAGUGAAUCCCCAAGUAGAAAAUCAUCAAGUGGGCGAAAAUACUACAGUGAUUCUGAAAGGGAUAGGGAGUCACCUAGUCGAAGAGUCAGCAGGUUAACCAAACAUUACAGUGAUUACCAUCCUGAUCAAAGACGACCUUCUCCAUCCAAAAAAGAAUCCAAAUCCAGCUCUAGUUUUAAUGCCAAAAUGGACUCGUUGUGCAGACAUCUGGACAAAUUUUCUAUAGUCAGUCCAGAAAAGUCUACAUCUUCUUUAUUAUCAGUCUCCUGUGAUUUGACGAGCCUCAAAUCUUUAAUCCUUGAGCCAAGUCUUAAAAUUUUUAUGGGCAAAAUGUUCACCCAAUUCGCAGCGUACCUAAACACAGUAAAUAAAACUACCAGCAAUAAAGCAGCUCCUCAGGAUUUGCCCAUUGCAUGCCUCAAACAGGACAAUGAGACCAUCCUGGCGGACAUUUUCCUUCCUCAGGCAAUCCCAGACAGCACCUGGCUGACUUCAGUGCUAGAUGAGCAAACCCAUCAUGAGAUUGUUAAGAAUGUGUGGGUCAAUUAUCUAGUCUUAUUCCCUGAUUCAGACAAUGCCCAGAAAGUCUGCAGUUUGUCUUCUGAUGAAGUCUUCAAUGUUGUUGUGGAAGGUUUGCCUGAAGAUUGCAAACUGAAUAGUAAAAGUAUCAAAGAACUGUAUAAACAGAGUUGUGAGAGUAUUGAAGACAAGUUAUCACUGACAUUAGAAAUGAGAGUCAUAAGAAUAGACACAGUACAAAAGAAAGAUAUUUUUGUUUGUGGGUCUGUGCCGACCAAGGUAGAUGCAGAUAUCUACAAUACACUGAAUGCUCAAUCUUGUCAACUUAUCCGUGGACAAAGUCAGAGAUUCUCAUCCUGUAGGCAGUGGCUUGACCGUAUGGACAAACCUGGAAGGGAAUUCAUCUGCAGCCUCCCGUCUCCUGCCAGAGUACUUCGUCUUGAGAGGAGAGAGCUGUUUCCUGUCAGUCCUCUUGUGCUGAAUGAUACAAGACUACCUCCCCAGAUGACCUCCACGCCAAAGUCAAGCAGAACGCCUCACAUUUCUUAGUGCAUCAAAAUCUACCAUCGGCUUAUAUGGCUAGCAAAAAAAACAAAGUCCUUGUGUCGCCAUUAAUUUAUAGAACAAUUUUACCUAUUGCUUGAAACAUAAUUACUAUGUUGUACAGUGUUUCUGUGUGUAAUAUACUUUGAUUUGUUAUACUUUUAUAUAUAUAUAUAUAUAUAUAUAUAUUUAUAUAAGCGCCAGCAUUUACAUAGUUUUGUUUUUCCCCAAAAAAUAUUUUAUUGGUAAAUUAUGGGUACAUACAAUUUCUUUGUGGAUAUAUUUUUAAAAACUGUAAGAGUUUGCUCUUUUCUGCCAAUAAAACAAUAACCAGUAUUUGCCCUUGCUGGUGUAGUUAUUUUUAGCUUUCAUUGUUGGACAUUAGUUUGUGUUGUAAUUUCAUUGUUUACUUAGCAUGUAGGUUGUUAUAUAGACAAAGUUUCAAUGGUAUCCUUUAUCUUCUUGUGUACUUUUAUUUUUUGUCUAACUGAAAUUUUAAUGAUGUUGAUAAAUGAAACCAAGGGAUGAGUUUCUUUGACAAAGCUCUAAGCAGAAUGCAGAGUAUCAAUAUUUCGUUGGUUUCCUUUGGCAAUAAUUUGACUGCUGUGCCCAAAGAAUGAAAUGAUGAUGUGAUAUACGUUGCUAUGCAAUGCAGCUUUUUUUUUUAUGGUUUUAAUGUAUGAUUUUGUGUAUGUUCCAUUUCUCUUCAUGCUAGCUGUGUUUUUGUAUGUUAGUGAGUUUGCGCUGAGAAUAUUCCUUGACUCUCUUGGUUGUGCAAGGAGAAAGUUUCACAUAUCAGGGACUCUUUUUUUUUUUUUUUUUUUUUAGUGCUGUAAUUUUGGGGAGAUUUUGAAUCAAUAGUGAAUUUAUAUACCAUAUAUUUUAGAAUUUAAGGGUUUGAUUAAGUGGAUAGUUUAAAAUUGGUGUACUGUAGUGUAGAUGUACACAACUUAUCCAAACAUUUUCUAUCUAAAAUACCAGUAGUGCAGUACCAGUACUACAUAUUUUCUCAGGUCUUUGGUUAUGUCCUGCUCGGUAAUGGUGAUUCAUUUAUCUGUAAUUAUAAAGUAGUACUUUGAUUAAACUUUGGCCUUGGCUCUGCUGCUAGGAUUUUUACAGAAUUAAAGAAAGUGAAUUAUCACUGAAAGUUGUCUCAUUUUGAUUGACAUGCAGAAAAUAGUUAUUUAUUUUUGUAUUAUGAAAGCUGUUGCUCUGGCUUAUUUUUCUUAAUUUUACUUUUAUGAGUUUCUGUGUUUUAAUUUCUUUUUUUUUUUUUUUUGCUUCAUUCAUUAUCCAAUGUUACCAUCUCAAGAAAUUGAUAUUUUAUUUGCUUUGAUUUAAAUAUGAUUUAUUGAUAGGAUUAUCAGGAAUUAAAGCUUCCCCUCCUUUGUAACAAAUGUCAAGACAGUAUUUAAGAUUGAUGGACUAAGGAGCAUUCUAAAGAUAAAAAAAAAAUCAAAAUCUCAGUUUUCACUGGAGCUCAAAACAGAGACCUGUUAGCUUGAAAGCCAAAACUAUUGUAGAGCAGACAAAAGCCAGUGGUCAAAUUUUAAAAGAUGUUAGCUUUUCUUUUCGAAAAAAAAAUUUUGAUGCUAUUAUGAACAUAUUCUAGAGCCUUCAAAUUUAUAGCAUGUUUUAAAUUUUAAUUUAUUUGAAGGCUGCCUGGUCAUGUGCUUCGAGCCUCAAUGGUCCCGGGUUUGACACAUGCCUUCACUCAUCUGCUGCCGUCCUGUAAGAGGUUUAAACUUGGGCAUAAGAAUCUUCAUUUCUGAAGGAACUUGUCAAAACAAAAAGUAGAAAGUUCACAUCUUUUGCUCUGUGUAUUAUUGAGUUGAGUAGAUUCUAGGUGCAUGACAUUACCUUGGUGACUGCAAAAGCAGAAAUGAUUUCAAAAGUGUAACUUCAAUAGCUAACGAAGGAAAAAAAUGUGUACAUUAAAAAUUUUACAAUUUAAAGGUGUGCCUCAAUCAAGUUAAUUGUACACAGUUCUUUACAUUUUCUCCCUGUAAGGCAGCUUGACCUGGAUUGUGAAAUACCAAGUCAUGAGAGUGAAAACAAUUAUUAUUCAUCCUAUAUGUUGUCUCAAUGUUCUAUGGUAUUUGUUUCAUCUUGUCAAUAGUGAUAAGACACAAUGUAAUGUUUGACCUAUUCAAUCUUUUCUUACUGAAUUGAAUAAGCUGUCAUUGAACUCACUUAGCUGUGGGUUAUCAUUUUCAUUCAAUAAUUUUCUGUCUUCUAACAAUUGGUAAAGAAAAACAGUAUAUUUAGUUUUAGACAAGCAAAUAUAAUCGAGUUGAUGGAUGUUUCUGUGGUUGUAAAAAAAUUUCUUCUUAGUGAGACUUGUAUAUCCUCAAUAUUUCUGUAUUGUUUUAUCAGCAAUUAUGCAGACUAUUUUAGUUGUGGAGGAGCCAUACCUCAAUCCAUUAUUUGACUGACCCUGGUUUGGACAUAAAAAAAAAGAGGAUUUUAGAUUUGUAUUGGUUAUUGUUCUGUUGGCCAGUAUACAUUGGUGGUUGUUCUGUAGGCCGGGCACUGCACCAUAAGUAAACCUUUCCUUUGUUUGAAGGGGAUGUCAGAAGCCUUAAAAUGAUUUAGUCUUUCAUAUUUUGUCUCACUAUUCAGUUCCAUGUACAGAAUUGUUAUUUGUCAUUUGGGCACCUUUUAUUGUUGGAAGAACUGACACACUUGGUUAGCUUGUCCAUGUUGUGGGUGUAACUAGUUUGAGUGUUGAACAUGUAGCUAGAGACUUUCUAGAUCAAGUAGGUUGCUAGUAGUUGUAUGAAGUCCAGAGAAUUUCAAAAUAGACUUUUAACAAUAUUUUAUUGGUCAUGUUUCUUUAAGCAUUUAUUUUCUCUGUUUUUAUUUAAUAUUAGUUUUACAAAAAGUUAAUCAAAAUGUUGAACCAAAUGAAAAAAAGGAAAAAAUGAACUAGACAAAUUUGUAUAUUAAUUUUACUUCUAAAUUAUUUAAUAUUGUCAAAGACUUAGUUUUUAUAACAUAAAGUAUGUUAUGUAUCUAUUUGUUAUAAAUUUUUUUAUCUUUUUGAAAUUCUAGUAUUAAAGAAUGUAGGAAUACACACAUAUUUUAAUUCUGUCACUUGUUCGUAAUUUUUAUUUUAAGUCAGUAAGGGAAAUUCAAGCUUUCAAAAACUUUGUGUUAUGUUAAGCAUUUGUCAGUUGGGCUGAUAAUACUAAUUAUUUAAGGAUGUGCAGCUCAGACAGCAAGAAAAAAAAAAAAAAGCUUGGCUA